AGAUUCGGUCAUUAAUGCCGCGAAGGAUAAAAGUUGCAGAGAGUGGAAAGCAAUCUUCGAAGUAUCCUGUUCUGUCUUGGAUUUUCUGUAUUUCAACUUGAAACCGAUUCGGCUGCUGCACUCAAGCUAGGGUUUCAUAUCGGCUACCGAGAUACCGGCGCUAGGGCAUCCCUUUGUAUGCUGUUUUAGGGCAACAAUGGCGUCUGCGUUACCGGGGCCAGUUAGCGCGGUUCAGGUUGGUUCUUACUUUUUGGGGCAGUACUAUCAUUUUCUGCAGCGAAAUCCGAAUCUGGCUCACCAGUUCUAUACAGAAGCAAGCACGAUGAUACGGUAUGAUGGAGUCACGAAUGAGAGUGCUUCUGGGAUGGCGGAAAUUCAUAAUCUGAUUAUCAGUCUGAAUUUCACUGAGAUUGAAGUCAAAACUGCUAAUUCGCUAGAAUCUUUGGAUGGAGGAGUUUUGGUGAUGGUGACAGGUCUCGUGCAAGUAAAAGAUUUUAUUUGCAGGAGGAAGUUUGUUGAGACCUUCUUUCUUGCUCCGCAAGAUAAGGGAUAUUUUGUUCUGAAUGAUAUUUUUCUCCUCCUUGAGGAGGAACAAGUUCUGCCGCACUCAGUAGCAACGUUAUCGCAUGAUGAUUAUGAUACAAAUUUAGAUACAUUGAAUCCUAUGGAAGAGCCUGUGCCCAGCUACACGCUUGAGGAAGAUAUUCCUACGGAUUAUUUGAUCUCUUCGUCUCUGCCUGAUGAAAAUAAUACGCUUGACAAUUUCGGUGUUUCUGGAGAGCCAAAUCAGGCCCCAGAUCCUGAAGAAAUAGUUGAUGAAACUCCUGCAGAACUGCCUACUAGUUCAUUCUCAAGUGUGCCAAAAGCUGCACAGGACCCACCUGCUCCUGUACAGGAGCCUGUUGGGGAGCCACCAAAGCAUACGUAUGCAUCCAUUUUGCGAACUUCAAAAGCUCAAGCUGCACCACAUUUAACUUCUAUGAACAAGACGGGUCCUGUUAUGGCAGAGUGGCAUCAUGCACCACAGGCAACUCAGCAACAGGUUCAACCCAUUGUCCCUUAUGUGCCAGAUAAGUCCAGCUCUGAGGCGAUGGAUGAAGUAUCUACUUUCGAAGAUGAAGGUGAUUCAAAAUCUGUUUAUGUUGGAAACCUUCCAUCAAGUAUUUCAGCAUCUGACCUUGAGCAAGAGUUCAGUAACUUUGGUAGAAUAAAGCCUGAUGGUGUUACUAUCAGGAGUCGCAAGGAGGCUGGUUUUUUCUAUGCAUUUAUCGAAUUUGAAGAUGCUUUUGGCGUUCAGAAUGCCUUGAAGGCUUCUCCGGUUCAGUUGCAUGGGAGGUUGAUUCAUGUGGAGGGUAGGAGGCCUAACAGCGGCGCAUCUCGAGGAGGAAGAAGGGGCAGAGGAAGGGGAGGCCAUAUUUCAGAGGCCUCAAGAGGUCGGUUUGGUGGCCGGUCUUUUGACAAUGACAGGCCAAAGGGCAACGGUUAUCUCCAGCGAGCGCCACGCCAUGAUAAUAGGGGAAUACAAGAGAGAUGAAUGGAACGGCUUUAGCUUGACAUAUUUCAAUAACACUAUAUGUUGUACUUUCUUUCACUUCACUGUUACAUCUUCCUACGCCAAGUUCUGGGUGGGCUGUGUAAGUUUUGUUUUCUCUUCAGUAGUGUUGUAGGCAUCCUCAUCAUCAUAUUAUUGAAAUUAUCCUAAUUAUUUAUGCUUGUUAUUUGCGUGUUCUUCAUAACCUUAAACAAUAUUGGGAGUUUAUAAAGAUCCAAUGCUCUAUGUUUUUUUUUU